AUUACACUCAAUUACCGAGCGCCUGGUCGACACUGUAACAUCCUUGGCACACGACAGAAGCUGACCCGAAACACUGGCGCACACCUGGACGUAUUAGCUCAGGACUUUGACGAGGUCCACCGAGCUAGAGAGUGCGGUGCUGGCUUGCUGGGGCCGCAGGCUCGCUAGGGUUCGAGCCUUGGGCACGGCAUGGGGAACUGCUGCGCCCCCAGCGCGGGGAGAGGCGAUGGCCGUGGCGGAGCCUACGUGCAGAUGGGCAAUAAGGCUUCCGCACAGCAGCAGAACACGUGGAGCAAGACUGGCAUUGUGGGACUGCGCGACCAGGGCAUCAAGGAGCUGCCUGCGGUUCUGAGCGAGAUCGCUGACACGGUCAAGGUCAUUGAUGCCUCAAACAACCGCAUCACGGCCCUGCCCGCCUUCCUGCCCACGCUAGCCAACCUGCAACGCCUCACGCUCAGCGGCAACUUGCUCACGGUGCUACUGCCGCCGGGCGCCUGCGCGGGCCUCACGUCGCUAAAGCUGCUGGUUUUGGACGACAACCAGCUGGGCGACCUGCCCGAGGACAUCGGCAGCCUGCGGCGACUGGAGCGGCUGUCUGUCAGCGGCAACCGCCUGCGCACACUGCCCGACAGCAUCGGGCAGCUGGAGGCGCUGCAGUCGCUGGUGGUGUCGCGCAACUGUCUGGAGCAGCUGCCGGACUCGCUGGCGGGCUGCGGCAUGCUGGAGGAGCUGGACGCGCAGAGCAACGACCUGGCGGUGGUGCCUGCGGCCCUGGGCGGCCUGAAGCGGCUCAAGGCGCUGCAGCUGGACAACAACCGCGUGUUCGCCAUCCCCUCCGACCUGCUGUUCGGCUGCGGCGCGCUGCAGACACUCAGCCUGCACGGCUGCCCCAUCCGGCCCGACGAGCUGCAGGAAACGCCGGGCUUCAAGGAGUUUGACGAGCGACGCAAACAGAAGUACGACAAGGUGCUGGCGGGUGGGGCGCUGCUGGGGGCGCGGGGCCUGGAUGAGGGCGUGGACCGGGAUGUGUCGCCGCCGCAACAACGGUGACGCACAUAACGCCGGUGGCUCCAGUAGCGUAGACUGGGCCGAGAGUGGUGACAUAUGGAUUUGAUCUUCAGCGGACAGCUGUUGUAAGGGUGAGCGCUGUAUAUUAUUAUCAAAGCUUGCGGGCUUGAUGAAGAACUCGGGUGCGGGGUAGAGCUGAGUGGCAGUCGUGUUGGCGGUGUUAAUUUAUGAAGGAUGGACCCGGCGCAGGGAGCUUGGCGUGGGGGUACCGGGCAAGCGGCCGUCUUGUGGGGUCCUGCCGGAGGUAGCUGAGGUCGGACAGGGGUGCCACUGCCCACUGUUAUUGAAAAUGCUUUACCAAUGCGAAACCGAGAAAGCAAGCGAGCACGUUGUAGAGGCUGGCACAGCAAACAGAAAGCGUGAGCACACUGGUGCCGUGUGCAGGAACCCAGGGACCAGGCGAAUGGCU